AAUCCACGCAUGGAAACGAAAGCUCCUUUACUCCGCCACGUGUCCAAGAAGUUGAUGAUGCAUGAGUUGCAGUGAAAGAAAGCCUAAAAGACGAUGAAGAAAUAGUGAAGACAUAGAAGAGGAAGAGAACGAUAACAAUGAAUGCGGUGAAGGCGUUAAUGAUAACUCGGUUACUAACUCGUAACCAACUCGCUAACCAUGAAGAAAUACCCUACGGAUCAAUGUGGUGGUUCAUCUACGCCGGAGUCUCGUGUUGCCUUGUCAUCUUCGCCGGAAUCAUGUCAGGUCUAACCCUAGGGCUCAUGUCAUUAGGACUCGUUGAUCUUGAGAUUCUUCAGCAGAGUGGUACUCCGUCAGAGAAAAAGCAAGCAGCGGUUAUUUUUCCUGUGGUUCAAAAACAACACCGGCUUCUGGUGACUUUGCUUCUGUGUAACGCUGCUGCUAUGGAGUUGUUGGCUUUUAAAACUUUCAAUUUGCAGGCACUUCCUAUAUACCUAGACAAGCUGUUCAAUCCGUAUUUAGCUAUCAUUCUCUCGGUGACUUUCGUUCUGUUUUUUGGGGAGGUUAUUCCUCAAGCAAUUUGUAGUAGAUACGGUCUUGCUGUGGGUGCCAACUUUGCAUGGCUUGUACGAAUUUUAAUGAUAAUCUGUUAUCCAGUUGCUUAUCCUAUUGGAAAGGUUCUAGAUUGGUUAUUAGGUCACAAUGAAGCGUUAUUUAGGCGAGCACAGUUAAAAGCUCUUGUCUCCAUCCACAGUAAGGAGGCUGGUAAAGGUGGCGAGCUUACGCAUGAUGAGACAACAAUUAUCAGUGGAGCUCUAGAUUUGACUGAAAAGACUGCUGAAGAGGCUAUGACUCCUAUUGAAUCAACCUUUUCUUUGGAUGUUAAUUCAAAAUUGGACUGGGAGGCAAUGGGAAAAAUUCUUGCCCGUGGGCAUAGCCGAGUUCCUGUUUAUUCUGGAAAUUCGAAAAACAUUAUUGGGCUUCUACUGGUUAAAAGUCUUCUCACUGUUCGACCAGAAACCGAUACCCCUGUCAACGCUGUCUCCAUCCGGAGAAUCCCACGAGUUCCAGCAGAUAUGCCUCUCUAUGAUAUACUGAAUGAGUUCCAAAAAGGAAGCAGUCAUAUGGCUGCUGUUGUCAAGGCUAGGGGAAAAGGAAAACUGCCUCCACAAAUGACUGAUGGGGAGAAAUAUGAAGAAAAAAAAAGGUUUGGUGCCGAUUCACAGUUGACUACGCCGUUACUACAGAAGCAGUAUGAGACGACUGAAAGUAUUGUUGUUGAUAUUGACAAGCCUCCAAGACCUCCCAAGAUUAACAAGUUAUCUGCUUUACAACGUAAUGAUGCCGCAUCAAAUAGUCCCCCCACCGAAAAUAUUGAAGACGUUGAAGUGGUUGGAAUUAUCACUUUAGAAGAUGUAUUUGAAGAACUUCUGCAAGAGGAGAUUGUGGAUGAGACAGAUGAGUAUGUCGAUGUUCAUAAGAGAAUACGUGUUGCUGCAGCAGCUUCCUCAGGUUCCCGGGCUUCAUCAUUUCGAAGGUUGGCUGGGCAAAAGGGAGCAGGAGGCCAAAAUAAGCCAGGGACUCCUAAGUAAUCCGCAGAGGAAGAUGGACUGAACAUUACAAGGUUACAAUAAUUUUGUCAACCUAAUCGGAAUAGUUGAGAUUGUCAUAAUGAGGCCAUUAUAUUUUACUUUAGUAUUAGAUAUUUCUAACAAAAGUGAUAAAGGUCACAUCUCUUUCAUACACAUACAUGUCAUGAGUUGUGUAUCAAAUAUCACCUUAGAAUGUGUAAAUUCCAUGUUGAAGAAGGAACAGACGUGUAUUGUAGUAUUAUAGUGCAAGCUUAGUGAGCUAA